AUGCCUCUUUGGGAAGUUAUGGGCGGUGGAGAGAAGGGCGGCAUUGUGAUCCGAGAAGGUCGGGACUUGACCUCCAAGGAGGAGCAGGAACGCCUGUCCACAGGAGCCCUGGUUUUUGAGCGGGAGGUGGCUGGGGAACGCCUGAGAUACCUCCGGAUGUCCGGAACAGGCCCAAUGCAGGGCUGGGCGAGCCUUCGCAUUAAGGACAAGCCGCUGUUAGUGCAAAGGCCGCUGCAGCGCAAGGUCAGGGUGCUCGCGCUGCAUGGGGCGCCGGGCAACUCCAACAUCAUGAAGUUCCAAACGGCCGCGCUGCGAAAGCUGGCCGGGGAGGACUUCGACUGGGCGUUUUUGGACGGGCCCUGCGCCUGGGCGCCGGUGCCCGGCGCAACGGCGCAGAACUUCACGGAGCGCACUGCAAUGGAGAAGUCCAUUGCCAAAGGCAAAGCCUUUGUGCAGUGGUACACCCACCCGAUCCCGGACGAAGCCGCUCCCGGCGAUUCCAACGGCGUCGACGACGGCGGAAAGCCGAAGGAGAUGAACUUCGACAACGUCCAGUACCUGGCGGUUGAGGAGACCAUUGCGUUCCUGGACAAGCACUUCGCUGCGUCGCCGACGGACAUCAUUGUGGCAUUCUCCCAAGCUGGGACGAUGUUGGCGCUCUAUGCGGACGCCUUGCGGAAGGCGCAGCGCCCCAUCCCCUGGCGCCUCAGCGUGUUGGUUUGCGGCUCCAUGAUCGACGACCCCCGCUACGCGCUCCAGGAGCCGCUGGAUCACGCGGCGCUGUACAUCCACGGGGGCGAUGCCGACCCCUGGGGCCGCCACGGGGAGCGCAUGGUGCCGAAGAUGUACCGGGAGCUGGAGAUGCUCGAGCACGAGGACGGCCACGGCUUUCCGGCCUCCCACCCAAGAGCGCAGGAGAUCUAUCAGCGCCUGCUGCAGCGGAUGUAUAUGUCGGUGACGGAUUUGCUGGAGCGCUGA